UGCAUAAUGGUAAAAAAGGCAGUUUAUGCACAAUAUCGGUAGUAAUAAUGAAAAAAGUUGUUUAUAACAAAGCUCGAAGGCUAAGCGAUCCAACGUGCGAUGCAAGAGUUUGAAGAUAUAUCUAUCGAUGUAUCGACUUGAUGUGUAUUUCCCUCGUUAGCCGAAAGGCAAACGAUAGCGGAAUAUCACGGAAAGGAAAAUUAGUUAGCAAUGUCAGUACUUCCCAAAAGUUUGUACUAUUCGAACAAAACUGAAAGAUUGAAAUAAUUUAUAAUCGGUCAAAAAAAAAACGUUGUAGCAGUACGCGCUCAAAACGUCACGUGGCCAUGUAGACCGCUCAGGCAACAAUGACUAUCUCUGCUAGUGUCAAAGAGCUCGCUGUGUUAGACAUAAAGCCGCUUCAUCGUUCCAUUGCCUUGGUAGAGUGCCGCUAAACGCAAUCGUUCGAAUUGCUGAUUUACAUUUUUUUUGCCAACAACACUUCUUUUUAUGGCUGCCCCAUUAUUCCUAAUGACUGUGGCAGCACCGCAAUAUCAGUAAACAGUGAUAGUCCGAAGGGAUGCCACCGACCGAAUGGCAUGUAUCUAGCAGUGUGGCACGCCUGUGGUACAGCCGUGGCACGGCCAAGUAGAGAGGGCAGACCUGCGUGGCGAAAACAAGAUCGUCAUUCGAGUCCGAAUGUCUCUCUACGCGAGCUCGCGAACGCGCUAAAUUUGUCGAGUGGCUAAUAAUGAAUAAGGGCUUUGAAAACUAAGUGGGUUUUUCGUGUUUUUCUUGGGUAGUGUAGAAAUGCGUUACUUCAUUUCAGCAAAACCGUUUAGUCAGUUGGGCAGGAUUGCGCCGUUCAACAGGUUUCGUUGGAUCUCACCCUCCCGUAACGUUGGCAACGGUCGACAAACUGUAAUCGUAGCAUUAUCUGGCCAAUCCGUUACAGCAGUCUAUUCAGAUCUGUAAAGUCCGCACACAGAUCGGUACAUAGACUUCAAUUUUUGUUCUGUUGCUAUCAUUGUAGGCUGUCUGUUUAGUAGCAGUUUGUUCGGAGUGUGCGAGCGCCUUAGCUAACCAACAGAUUUCUCUCAGUCUAGCGUGAUCUGAAUGAUAUCCCGACGCAUCCAAAACCCUAAACGAAUUCAGGUGUUCACUGUGGAACGUCAUUUUAGUUUAGGAAGUCGAUCCAACUGACUCGUUCGUCAGUGACUGGACUGUCGCUCGUACUUUGAGGGCCCCGGGAGAACAAGUGCAUAGCGCAUAAGCGGCUUAGUAAACCAUCUACAACUGAAUAUUUCUACCGAUUUCUAUCGCAUAAAUGCAGAAAUAAGCACAUAUUGUGGAUCGGUGUGAAGCAGAAAUCUUUCGUAUCUCGUGAGUGUGGUUUAAAUUUUGUGUAUGCCACGCUGUGGAAUGCUUAGCUGUAUGUAACGAUAAGUAAAUCAACUCGAAACUGUCCGAAGCAAAUUGGUGAAAACGGGUGACGAUUUUUCCUAUUCGACGCGUUCCAGUGCGUCGUAAUUUGCAACAUAUAAUCAAAAACAAUUAGAUAUACUUCUUUGUAAACAGGAUCGAGACAGAAUGAAGUAUCACAGUGCUAAAUCGCAAUAUUCGCUAUUAGGCUCAUCAUGUGCGUUAGUGGCGUUAGUGUUUAUCACAAUCUCAUUUUGUACGCCUUAUUGGUUGGUCUCGGAUGGCCUAAAUCUUACUGGGAAAAAGUUCCGCAGGCUCGGUUUGUGGGAAGCAUGCUUCGACAAUUUCUACGAUGAGCAUUAUCGUUACGACUACGAGUUCAGCGGAUGCCGAUGGAUUUUUCACCGCGAGUAUCGUAUUAUUCGUCACCUUCUUGAGCCACCUUUCUUCAUUGCAACACAAACCUUGUUCACCAUUGGCUUCACUUUGCUCCUUCUAGCGUCGCUGGUGUUGAUGGCCGUACAUUUGUGCGCGCCAGCCGAACUCGAGUUGCGUUUAACGCAGCUGACAGCUGCCCUUCUUCUCGUUUCGGCGGUGUUCGACUCAGUUGCUGUUAUUGUGUUUGGCGCUCUGGGUGAUGGUCGCGAUUGGAUGCCCGAUCCAGACCACAAUUACCUGUCAUGGUCGUUCGUACUCGGUGUCAUUGGUACACUGGUCGAGUACUUUGCCGGUGUACUUCUAUUCGUCGAUGGUAAACAUCUACGUAAGGAGAUUGAAGCCGAUAACAAGAGCUUCCAGAUGCAGCCAUCGCCGCCAAGGACCCAAUCCCAAGGUCAUCAUGGGCCUCAGAUCACGACAAUCGCUUAGAAUGACGACUGUUGAAAUCAUCUACAUAGUUGGAGAUACUGCGUAUGAUAUAUAUAUAUAUAUGCCUAUUUCUUGUCUGUCCGGGAUAUGUCAUAGCUGUUAAACUGUUCUGAACGAAGCGUUUGCUUGCUCUAGUUGGCCCAACAUGACGAGGAAAUUUUUUGGACCAUUAAGCGCUUCUCUAGAUAAUCAAGUACAUGAAGAGGGAUAUUUGUAUAUAAAGAGAGGAAUUUUCUACUCCCAAUACUUAUAUAAUGAGUGACACUGAAGCUAAAAAAAAAGUGGCGUAUGUAGGCGAUAAUCCAAUAGCCGGUAUGACAUUUUAGAUGUUGGUAAUGGAAGACGCCAGGACAUUAUGAGUACGAAUACGACUCAUAGUUAAUGUAGCUGAUAAAUACUAAUAAGCUAGAUUUGGCAAAGCGCUGCAAAAGAAAGUACGACUGUGGCCUACCUUACCACAAAGUAUGUUUAUAUGUACAUAGAUGGCCUUGAGAAACGUAACAAUAAUAAUAUGGAAUUAAGUUAGACGUUCAAGGGCUCGAAUUCAGGACGAUAAAAUAUGAAACAAGCGAAUAAUAAUAACGUUAUAAUGUGUAACUCUAGAGACGAACCCUUAGAACACAAUACUUCGUUAUCGUGACGUGGUCUUUGUUGUCAGGUGUUUGCUAAAUCCAUUUGUUUUUGAUAUUGUACAUUGUAGUUUUUCAAUAACUCUUCCAUGGUAGAUUCAACAUGUAAGUGCUAGCUAGGAUCAAGAAGUAUUCCUGGAGAUUCUACAUCUUUGAACAAUGCUUCAAAAUUCCGCCAGCUGUGCUGUUUGACCUGGCUGCACCCAUUCAAGUGCUUUACAUUGUGGCACUACUUACCAGCAACUGAAAGCUGUGCAUGGCAACGGGAAAAGAUACAUCAUUGGUAUCACGGGCCGACCUAAGAUAAAUAACAGUAUGACUUUUAAAAAAAAAAAAAGCUGUUCGAAUUGUCAUCCGUCACUUGUCGUAACCCCCUGCGCACUAUGCUUCAACGUAUAAGUCUUGUUAUUGGCGGACAAGUGUGCAUAACGGUAUUGUACUGUCAAUAAAUAACUUCAUCGACUCAUGAGCCAUCAGAGGUUUGAACGCUUUUGAACCCUUCGUGAGCAUCCUUCCUUAUACCUGCAACAGUGGCCAUGGAACGCGAUUCAAUGCGUUCCUAUGAUGUUACACGUCUAUCUCGUAUCUACGUAUUUAGCGCAAAAGCAACCUGAUACUGUUAGGGUUAGGCGUCAAGGGGGUUACUCCACUGACGGUAACGCCGAUUGUGUAACUCAGCCGUGAACUACUUUCCGCUUCAGUACGGCCAUCUCGUGUAAGCUUCGGCUACUACCGUAUAGCAGGAUUUGGGUGAUUAAGGCUUAUGUGAACUGAUAUCCGCGUUGAUACCCGCAAAUUGCCACACCUUGGAGUCAAUAUAAACGCAGCACAUGGUCACAUGGUUUCAAUUCGGCACUAUAGCUGUUGUCAGAUACCUGAAAAUGUGACACUUUCAUUCCGAUUGUGAUCUAGUGAUCAGGUACCUAUGUCUGUGACGGCCUUCAUCAGACGGGAUGGGUGGAUAGAUAGCAUCAGCUUUGGCGGCAUAGAAUUUUGACCUUCGUAUGCAAUUAGCCACAGCAACGUGGGAAUAACCGUUACAUUGAAAAAUAAGUGAUAUUGAAGUAUAACAGCGUAAACGAAUCAGUACAAUUUGUCUGCUUUUGUUUCCGAUUUCUGAAGAGACAUACAAAGCGCGCACAAUAUCGGUUGGUAAACUUGCGGACAUUGCAGCCAGUUAGCAGUGCUAACCCUUGAUCACUUACUGAUCGAUUUGAGGCGUAGUGCGCGACGCUCCUCGAACCUAAACAGACAACCCAUUCGAAACAAAUCGGGGCCAAUUAAUACCGCGCUUUGUUCAAUAUGCCUUUAGCUAAGUGUGAGGCGGUAGCGUCACGUCAAGAUGGCCAUUCUUAUUCGAAUAAGGUGGCCUAUGUAAGUAGGAAAAGCCUGUCUCUCAAUGCACGUCUGAGCCAAAACUAAACGAUAAGCCAUAUAAAUGGGCAACAACCCGUUGCGUAUGAAAAUGAAAAACUUUACGUGUUAAGGAAUUAUUUUUUUCUAUUACUGCGGUUGUCGAUUUUUGUUCGCUUGAAAUAAUAGUAAAGAUUAUAGACUGCAGUCUCCUUUCAUUCCUAAUAAAAUUCCCCCGGGGUCUAGCUAUUAAUUAUUAAUUAACUAUUAAUGCCGCCAGAUAAUUGAUCGGGCCAGUAAAUGUGUUGGUUCGAUAUGAGCUGUUGUCUAGGAGUGCAUUUAUUCUGCAGUUAAUAGUCAUCAUCAGCCUAGACAUGAGUUGUUUGUCGCCCUACCGUGAAAUGCCUUAUGUUACAGGUAAAAUUACUGAGCAAGGCACGAUAUCUGGCUAUAGGACUCUGGAUAGCGGGAUCAUACUGCUUUUCCAUGUUUCAUUUAGGAAAUUCGAAUACGACUAGCCAACAUCAGUGUCCUGUUAAAGUAUUCGGGACAGAUGUGUUAUCCAAAAUGCUAGAUUUUCCUUAUAACGAAAUUCGAGUUCAUGGCGAACUGUACAUUUGCGGCAUUACAAAAAAAUACACACGGUAUUGAUGAGCUUGCCAACAUAUCUGCUCGAACCAAUGGAUAAUACUAAUUUCAUAUUUAUAUGUACUUACGUAGGUACGAUUGAGACAUGUGCCGAAAUAAUUAUACCAUAAUUAAGGUCAUUACA